GUCGCCUACAAACUCGCCCCAAUCCCUCCCCGAAUGCCUCGAAUUCCUAUAAAUCAUGCUGCCUCCGCCAAGCAGCCAAGCGGCCAAGAACUCCAACGCUUCCAGCAUUCGCUCCGCCCGCUCGACCACCCAUCGAAUGUCAGCACGGGAUUCCGGCCACGCUCCGUCUCUCCCCGUCCCUCUCGUCUCUCUUCGUCUCAAAUCUCCUACUCUGCCUGUUCAGCUUCGCCUUAUUCGUCCCUCGCCCGAGCCACCCCUGGACCUCCCUCCAAUACUUCCCCGAUCCAGCUAGAUCCCCGGCUUCUUCUCACCUGCGCUCCUCCGCCACUCACGUCCGCCUAUUUCGUCCCUCGCGCCGCAUUCAGUCAUACAACCGACCACUUUCCCUCCUGUGAAACGACAAGAGUCUGGCGCACUUCAAACGACACCAUGCUUUGCCCGUGUUGAGCGUACCCGAUCAGUCAGUGGGAUGAUU